AUGCGAGGAACUGGAACUAAUUUGCUAAAUAGAAGAUUAGGCACAUCAUCUCAGGAACAAGAUCUGCGUUUGUUCGAGGAAAUUAUCAAAUCUCUAAAUAACACUUCGAAAAAAUCCACCUAUGUUUUUUUUGAAGUGCGAGAUGAGGUUUUUCUUCUUGAUGGUGUCGCUUUUCAAGACCAUUACUCAGCGCAGUCAUUGAGUGAUACUGCUGAUUCCUCUGCAUCCUGCGGCAACUUCUUUCAGGCAGCAGCUCUCCCCUCUACAAGAACCCUACAACGCCGACAAGAACAAAUAUCCUGCAAUGAAAUAAAAAACACAAAAAACAGAAACUGCAUCAACCUCUACGAGGUUGCCACGACCUCAACCCGAGGACCCGUGGACAGCUCUAUAGAAUCUAU